ACAUGAGCAGCCCCGAUGCGGGCUACGCCAGCAGCGACGACCAGGCGCAGGGGCGGUGCUCGCUGCCCAUCAUGAUGCCGGCCAUGGGCCCCUGCUCGUGGGCAGAGGCACUAAGCCCGCUGGGCGAGGCGAAGGCCAAGGGUGAGACGGAUCCGUCGGGGCCGUCGGGCGGCAGGAGCAAGAGCGAAGCGCGAAUCCGGCGGCCCAUGAACGCCUUCAUGGUGUGGGCGAAGGACGAGCGCAAGCGGCUGGCGCAGCAGAACCCGGACCUGCACAACGCCGAGCUCAGCAAGAUGCUAGGUAAAUCGUGGAAGGCGCUGUCGCUGGCGGAGAAGCGUCCGUUCGUGGAGGAGGCGGAGCGGCUGCGGGUGCAGCACAUGCAGGACCACCCCAACUACAAGUACCGGCCGCGGCGGCGGAAGCAGGUGAAGCGCCUGAAGCGUGUGGAGAGCGGCUUCCUGCAGCACGGUCUGGCGGAGCCGGCGGGGCCCGGACUGGCCAGCGAGCCCGGCGGCGGUGGCGGCAGGAUGUGCGUGGAGAGCCUGGGUCUGCCUUACGGCGAGCAGAGCUACGCGGCGGCGUCGGGGCACUACCGGGACUGUCCGCCGCCGGGCGCCGGCUUCGACGGCUACGGGCUGCCGACCCCGGAUCCGUCGCCGCUGGACGCGGCGGAGAGCGAGGCGCCGUUCUUCGCGGCGGGGCUGCAGGAGGAGUACGCGCUAGGGCCCUACGGCUACGCCUCGCAUCCGGCGAGCGAGUACCCGGCGGCGGCGGGCGCGGCCGAAAGCUCGGCGGGAGCGGCGCUGCGCCGGCACCUGCCCCCCGGAGAGGUGCUGGGGCCAGGGCCCGGCUCGCUUCAGGGGCUGCUGGGCUGCCCGACGCCGCUGCACGCCUACUACGGGCAGGCCUACCAGCCGCCUGGUCCGGGGCGCGGCCCGCCGCCGCCGGCGGGCGCGGUGGGUCAGCCGUCGCCGCCGCCGGAGCCGGGGUCGUGCCGGGAGCAGCUGGAGCACUUGCCCCAGGAGGAGCUUCUAGGCGAGGUGGACCGCACCGAGUUCGAGCAGUACUUGCGCUUCGCCUGCAAGCCCGAACUGGGGUUGCCCUUCGCGGGUCACGACGGCGCGGGGCUGGCGAAUCCCGAGGGCGCGGGCCCCAUCUCUUCGGCCGUGUCGGACGCCAGCAGCGCCGUCUACUACUGCGGCUACCCCGACGUGUGAGGGACUGGUUCGGGGGCCUGCCGCGGACAUGCGGGGAGCUGCCCGGCUCCGCUCCUAUUUAUGUAAUUUAUUGGAAUUCUCUCGGGAGAGAUUUGCAGACCCCGGCUGGGCCUUAGAUGCAACACUGUCGAGCCGAUUGAAAGCAUGGUUCAAACUGGGUUUGGACUGCUGUGCCAGAAUUGUUACAUCUUCUUUGUCCAUGCCGAAAAUCGUUAUUUAUGCAACAUCAGCACUGUUACUUUUUUUUUGCCCAGAACACAUUUUUAAUAACUAUUUUUAACAGUAAUUACCCCUUUUUUUGUACUACCAGGAAAUAAAUUCAUGUACAGUUGUUUCUGUGAA